UCAGAAAAAACCCUUUUCCCUGCACUCUCAUUCUUCCCCAUUCAAAGGCAAUAACCAAAAAUGCCUUUCAUAUCGAAAAUACAAAGGCAAACGGAUUACGAUCUGUUUCCUUCCUCAACUCCCAUCGUCAUCGACAAUGGCGCUUCCUAUUUUCGUAUCGGCUGGGCAGGAGAGAACGAGCCGCGGGUUGUUUUUCGUAACAUUGUUCAAAGACCUCGCCACAAAUCCAACGGGGAAACUGUGACAAUUGUUGGUGACCAUGAUACUAAUUUACUGAGACAUUUUGAUUGCACACGUUCGGGCCCUCGUUCCGCUUUCGAUAGCAAUGUUGUUUUCCAGUUUGAAAUCAUGGAAUAUAUUCUUGACUUUGCCUUUGAUCGAUUGGGUGCAAAUGGAUCCCGGAUUGAUCAUCCUGUCCUGAUCACAGAAUGUGUGUGCAACCCAGUUCAGUCUCGUAGUAAAAUGGCAGAACUUCUUUUUGAGACUUAUGGAGUUCCAUCAGUAGCAUUUGGUGUUGAUGCUGCUUUCAGCUAUAAAUAUAAUCAACAGCAUGGAAUUUGUGACAAAGAUGGUCUAGCUAUCUACCCGGGAUUUACAACAACUCAUGUCAUUCCAUUUGUUGAUGGUGAGCCUGUUUACAAAGGAUGCUGCCGAACUAACAUUGGUGGAUACCAUGUCACUGACUAUUUGAAGCAACUUCUUUCACUUAAGUAUCCUCAUCACAUGGCUAGAUUCACUUGGGAAAAGGUUGAAGAUCUGAAGAUGGAACACUGUUAUGUUGCACUUGAUUAUGCUUUAGAAGCUCAAUUAUUUCAGAAAGGGGGCAAGGAAGCUGAAGAUAAAUCCAGGUGUUGGCAGCUCCCAUGGGUUCCACCACCAAUGGAAGAACCUCCUUCUGAAGAAGAGAUUGCAAGAAAGGCUGCUAUAAGGGAAAGACAAGGUCAAAGAUUGAGAGAAAUGGCUGAAGCAAAGAGGUCUUCUAGAAUAAAUGAACUAGAAAAUCAAUUGCAUGGAUUGGAAUUUCUUUUGCAGCAACUUGAACAUGUUCAACAGGAAGAAAUUCAGUCUUUCCUUUCAGAGACCGGUUAUGUUUCUAAACAGGAAAUAGAAUCUACGCUGAUGAAAGUGUCACAAUCAUUAAGAAAAGCAAAAGGUGAACGAAAGGCUGAACAAGCUGAAAAUGAGGAGAAGGCAGAUUCUUCUACAAGCGAGAAGUAUCCUCUUGUCAAUGUUCCUGAUAACGUGCUUACACCUGAGCAGAUCAAGGAAAAGAAGAGGCAGGUUUUUCUUAAAACCACGACAGAGGGCCGGCAGCGAGCUAAACAGAAACGCUUUGAAGAAGAAUUAGAACGGGAAAAGAAAAAUCAACAAGAUGAAGAAAGACGCUUGGAGAACCCUGAACUUUAUCUAGAACAGAUGCGUACUAAAUACAUAGAACUGUAUGAGAAGGUUGAGCAGCGGAAAAGACUCAAGACAAAUGGAGGCCAUACAAAUGGGAAUAAUUUGUCAGGGGGUGUUGGGCGCGGGGAAAGAUUGAAUGCUGCCCAGAGGGAAAGGAUGCGCCUUUUAACUACAGCAGCGUUUGACCGAGGGAAGGGUGAGGAUACUUUUGGUGCCAAGGAUGAAGAUUGGCAACUCUACAAACUAAUGAGCAAAGAUAAUGAUGACGAUGAUGAUGGAGCAGAUGUAGAUGAAGCAGAGCUGGCCCGUGUUUGUUCUAGGCUCCAGGAGAUAGACCCAACAUUUGUUCCUAAACCAGAAUUAACACCUGCACAACCAGCUACUGCUGAGGCACCACGUGUUCGUCCACUCACCAAGGAAGAUUACCAAAUUGUGCUUGGGGUUGAAAGGUUUCGAUGUCCCGAAAUAUUAUUCCACCCCAACUUGGUUGGGAUAGAUCAAGCAGGUUUAGAUGAGAUGACUGGGGUUUCGAUAAGGAGGUUGCCAUCUAAGGAUGGGGCUCUGGAGGAUAGAUUGACCAGUUCAGUCUUCAUGACUGGUGGGUGCUGUCUUUUUCCUGGUAUUAGUGAGCGCUUGGAAGCUGGAAUCCGGAUGCUUCGACCAUGUGGGUCACCUAUUAAGGUGGUAAGAGCAUUAGAUCCAGUUCUUGAUGCAUGGCGUGGUGCAUCUGUUUACGCCGCCAACUUGCAGUUCCCACAACAAACAUUCAGUAGGCUGGAUUAUUAUGAGAAGGGAGAGGACUGGCUUCGCAGAUAUCAACUGCAGUACACAUUAUAAAUUUAUUUUCAGAUAAGAUCGUACUAGUAGAUAGAUUCCCAUUUCGGAAAGAACUAGAAUCCAACACCUUAUUCCUUGACAUGUUUCCUGCGAACUAUGAACUUUCAUGCACACGGUGCUAUUUCUCUAGUUUUCUCAUUAAUCAUUAUCAGAAUCAAAGAUGUUUCCUUGA